AUGUCUCCCACUCCUAACCCUCUUCUAAGCCGCAUUGCCUGUACGGUGAAAUCAUGUAUCAGCACAUUCUCAAACAUCGGAGCAAGAACACAGCAUUUCAAUCGGGUCCAUCGGAAAAAGCCCAAUACAGUACCUCAGCUCCAAACAUUCGAGAACCAGCAGGCCCCCAACGACCAGCCCGACGACGACAGCCAUCCUCUACCGUCCAUCGACAAUGACCAUGGCUACACGCUAAUGGAUUUUGACCAUGAAGACGACUGCGACGAUAGCCGAGGUGCAGCCACCCAGUCAAGUAAUGCAGGAGUUCAUCGAAAGCGCACAGCUCAUAAACGUUUGGAUGGUAUCCGAUGCUCCAAGGAUGGUAUUCAUCUCACCAACGACGAGAUUGCCGAUGGCCCCGUUGCUGCCGCCCAGUCCAAUUACGCACCCUUCAAUGACCGAACUCAUUUCGAAAUCGGCGAUUUUCUCUACCGUCGUGUCCGCAUGCCGGCUGGCCGAGUUGACGAGCUCAUGACGCUCUGGGCUGCCCAUGCUGUGAUGACUGGAGGAUCACCUCCAUUUCUGAACAGCGACGACCUCCACAAGACCAUCGAUGCAAUCACACAUGGCGACGCUCCCUGGAAAUCCUUCUCAAUCUCAUACAACGGCAGCGACAUCGAUCCUAACGGCACCAGUGCAAGUUGGAAGUAUCAGGAGUACGAAGUGUGGUUCCGGGAGCCAUUGACAGUCAUUCGGAACAUGCUCUCAAAUCCCGACUUCGACGGCGAGUUUGACUAUGCUCCCUACCGUGAAUUCAACCACGAGGGUGUCCGGGAGUUCAAGGAUUUCAUGUCAGGCGACUGGUGCUGGGCCGAGGCGAAUAAAAUUUACCGCAACCAUCCUGAAACUCGCGGCAACCUUCUUGUUCCCAUAAUCCUUGGGAGUGACAAGACUACGGUGUCAGUUGCGACUGGCCAAAACGACUAUUACCCCCUCUAUCUCUCGAUCGGCAACAUUCACAAUAAUGUACGACGUGCACAUCGAGAGUCAGUAAUUCCUAUUGGAUUCUUAGCUAUCCCGAAAAGUGAACGCAAGCACGAUUCCAACCGCACCUUUCUCCGAUUCCGACGCCAGCUCUUCCACAAAACCCUAGAAGCAAUCCUGAGCGGUCUCAGGGCAUACAUGGAGGACAUUCCCGACAUCGUGCUUUGUCCUGAUGGCUUCUAUCGACGUGUCACCUAUAGCAUUGGGCCUUACAUUGCGGACUAUCCAGAGCAGGCGCUUCUCGCUUGCGUGGUGCAAGGAUGGUGCACAAAAUGCUCAGCGUGGGUUGACGACUUGGAUAACGACGAUGAGGCCUUCUUGCGAACGCAUGAAUGGACAGAGGCAAUGAUUGAUGGAUUCGAGGCGCAAGAAAUUUGGGAUGCAUAUGGGAUUGUUUCAGAUGUUACGCCAUUCACAGCUUCGUUCCCUCGGGCAAACAUUCACGAGCUUCUUGCCCCCGACCUUCUCCACCAGAUCAUCAAGGGCACGUUCAAGGAUCACCUCAUCGCUUGGAUAGGUGACUAUCUUGUCCAGGAACACGGAGAGGCAGCUGCAAAUGCGAUCUGGGAUGACAUUGACCGAAGAAUAUCUGUUGUACCAGCUUUCCCUGGCCUGAGAAGAUUUCCGGAUGGGAGGCGCUUCAAACAAUGGACAGGGGACGACUCAAAGGCCUUGAUGAAGGUAAUCGUUCCAGCACUUGUUUCGAAGGUUCCCGACGCUAUGAUUCACUGUAUGACGGCGUUUCUCGAUUUUUGCUACCUUGUCCGCCGCUCUGUCAUCACGGAAUCCGACCUCGACAUUUUGGACGCCACCCUUUCUCGCUUCCAUCACUACCGAGAGGUCUUCCGAGAGCAAGGCGUCCGUGAUCAUUUUUCCCUUCCUCGACAACACUCACUUGUGCAUUACCGACUCUUGAUACAACAAUUUGGCGCUCCAAAUGGCUUGUGCUCAUCAAUUACCGAAGCAAAGCAUAUCAAAGCGGUGAAGGAACCCUGGCGCCGGUCGAACAAGUUCAACGCUCUUGGUCAGAUGCUUUUGACCAACCAGCGUAUCGCCAAACUUGGGACCCUCCAUGCACACCUCAAAGCCAAAGGCCUUCUCGAUGGCACCAUUGCCGACCAUCUUCACUCGCUUCUACAACGCCUCGAGGACCAGCUAAGCGAGUUGGAGGAUCUGUGUGAUGAUAUUGAGUUGGAGGAGGAUGGGGAGGGCGAAGAGGGAUUGGAGGAAGCCGGAAUUGAUGACGACGAUGGAGGCCCUGUUCCGGGUGUUGAUAUCCUGGGGGAGGUGGUCCUCGCAAAGACUCCAGGUGCGAAAUACGUGUUUUGUAAUGUGUAUAUUGAACUAAUGAAGGAACAUGACGCUCCAGAGCGUAUAUUCAUCCCAGACAUCGAGACUCUUGCAGAACAGCUCAAUCAGCCACACUACGACCUCGUCGACCUCGUCACUUCAUUCCUCGAAGAUCAGCUUCAAGCUCGGUACCCCGACCCACCUCGUGUCGACCUCGAUCUAUGCCAGAAGAUUCGUCGGUUCAAGUCUGCGAUUGCCACAUUCUGUGCACCCAGUGAUCCCUCUGGCCUUGGAGGAUUGAAGACAGAACGUAUCCGUGCCACUGCAUCAUGGAGAGGACAGGGUCCGCGCUACGAUUGUGUCUUCGCCGUUGUCAACGAGGGUCUCGAAGGAAUGCGUGCCUUGGCGGCGUUGAGGGUCAAGGCAUUCUUUUCUUUUGACUAUGAUGGCCAGUAUUACCCGUGCGCAUUGGUUGAAUGGUUCUCUGUUGUAGGCGACCGUCCAGAUCCUUUGACGGGGCUGUGGAUGGUGGAACCGGACGCCAAUCGAGGAGGGGACCGCGACACGACUGUGGUCCACAUCGAUACGAUAUGGCGUCUGGCUCAUUUAAUUCCGGUUUUUGGGAACUCUCUCAUUCCGUAUGAACUUCAUUUCUCCGAUGUUCUUGAUGUAUUCAAUUUGUUCUAUCAAGCAGAACGAUUAGUCAGUGGGCGUAUUCAGAUAGCGGCUGACACAUCUCCGACUCAAUUUUGCUUCAUUGCCAUACGCACUCACUCCAUGACCAACCUCCACCUGAAGCGUGAACGAUCGCCCUCCAGCUCACCUUCCUACGACGCCAUUAAACGUAUACCGGCUCGACGUUGCCAGUACGACUUUUCCAAACCACGCAGCCCCAAUCAACCCCCUCCCAUCUUUGACACCGACACAAGCCCGGUCCAGCCCAUAAAAUUCCCUCCCUUGAGGGCGCCGAUGAACACUUGCAAGAAAUCAACCAUUGCCGUAGCCAGCAAAACUUCGAGAGACGAAGGGACUUCAGUUAAGGGAGAGAGGGAAUCUGGUCUUCAAGUUGGGGCUGGACCAGUCGGCGGUACACGCGAUGUGACUGUGUUAUCACAUGAAACAAUAGGGUCAACACCAUCCUCCGGAAACUUCAAGCCACCUCGACUGGCUGAUCUGGUUGUGAAAGAGCGAGACCUCGAGGAAGAAAUCAAAUCGAAAAUCAAUCUGCUUGCAAGUGUACGCCUACAGCAAGUUCAAUCCGAGGCCUCCGUCCUACGUGCAAAGCUUAUCCUUCAAGAAAAAUGGGUCGAGCGACUGGAAGCUACGCUGUUAGAAAAUAGGAUCCCGCUCCCAGAAUUCCCAGUUCCGGCACUGAUUUCCUCGGUCUCCCAUUAA